CUGGCUUUGAGCUGCUUGGCUGGCUGGCCGGCUUGCUUCUGCUUGCUGCUUCGCUUGCUUGCUACUGCCUUAGCCCUAGCUGAUAGCUGCUUUCUUUUUCCCUUUGCUGCUUUCUGCGCUGUUUUUUUUUCCUCUUUUUUCCCUUUUCUUUCGUCCUCUCUUUCUUACCCUCCCCUGAAGAUACUGGACCGGCUCUGGACCUGACCUGGGACGUCCGACGUCCGGCGGGAUCUCUGGAGCCUGCAAGAGAAGCUUGGCACCCUCCACAACACUGAACUGGACCUCAGGGGCCUAAGAAAGGAUUACAGACGACAACCUGACGAAUCUAUAAUCAGUUGGUUAGUCCGCCUUUGGGAUGCUGCAGGGGAGGUUACGAUUUUGGAUGGUACUGAAGCGAGGCAUUUGGGAUCCCUGUCGCAGGAUACUGUCAUCGAUCAAGGUAUGAUGAGCAGGGCUAGCCCUCACAGCCUCUGGGAACGGGUCCUGGAGAGUGUAGCACAAAGAUACUUAUGUGCUGAUGAUCUCUAUAUGCAGCAGACAGGGUGGAAGACCAUAGAGCAGGGGAUCCAACGCCUGAGAGAAAUGGCGGUGGCAGAGCUCAUUUUCUCAGAUGAUAUAACAACUAGGAAUCCGGACCUGGUACCAUGCACACCUGUAAUGUGGAGGAAACUUGUGCGACUUGGGCCACCUGAAUACGCUUCUGCUCUGGCAAUAAUGAAGCGGGAUGAUACAUAUGAGACUGUGCUUGAUAUGGCGAAGAAGCUUCGAGCGUAUGCAGAUGCUGUGCAUGGACCAAUUCAUGCCAGAAUUGCAGCAGUGGAAACACAACUGCGGAAACUAGAGGACAAAAUAGAGGAGAAUCAUAAGAAACUCCAGGAAGAGAUUAAGGAGGACUUUAUUCAAAUCUCGGCUGUGCAAAUUAGAGGCCCUGGUAUCCAACGCUGGCGCUCCUUUGAUGGCGAGAGAAGGUACACCCCACGGGCUGAGUUAUGGGCCUUUCUGCGUGAGUCUGGAGAAGACAUGAGGAGAUGGGAUGGAGAACCCACUGCUGCUUUGGCACAACGGGUGCGUGAUUUGAAGAGAAGAGGAAGUAUCACCAAAAAGAGGGCAGCUCCGGUUGCUCGCAGCCGAGAUGUUGAGUAUGACGAUGACAUGUCCGAUCCCCUUGAAGGAACUUCUAAGGCAUACGCCCAAGGAAAAAAGGACAAUCUGGCUUAGAGGGGCCCUGCCUCUAGCCAGGAAGAGGCACGGGAAAA